UCAAAUCUGUCAAUCUAAUGUUUACAUUUUUGUAAAAGUGAAUUUUGUUUUAUUAAAGAAGAAGCUUGAAAGCAGCGAAAAACAAACAAAAACCUGAUAUUUAAAGAAUACAAGAACUUUAUGUUGCUUGACAAUGAAUUCACUUCCUUGUAAUAUAGAAGACUACAGAGUUAUUACGGCUCCAGAGACUGCGUAUUACAUCUCCGAUUUUAUAUCAGAAGCUGAAGAGAAGGCAAUUUUAUCAAGUAUUUACGCGGCACCGAAGCCAAAAUGGACACAACUUUCAAACAGACGACUACAGAACUGGGGCGGAAUACCUCACACUAAUGGCAUGAUAGCGGAGGCAAUACCGCCUUGGCUGGAUAAAUACCUAGACAAAAUUCAUAAGCUGGAUGUCAUGGAUGGGAAAAGACCUAACCAUGUGUUAGUAAAUGAGUAUCUGCCAGGACAGGGUAUCAUGCCACAUGUGGACGGAUCUUUAUUCUAUCCUACUAUCACAACAAUAUCGGCAGGAUCCCACAUUGUAUUAAAUUUCCUUGAACCAACUGAAGAUAACACUAUAAAUACAAGUCCACUGUUCUCAUUUUUACUAGAACCAAGAAGUUUGUUAAUUCUGCAGGACAAGCUGUACACACACUACUUGCAUUGUAUUGAGGAACUGAAGGAAGAUUUGUUGGAUGGGUCUAUAGUCAAUAUAAACAUGUGUUCAGACAAAUAUGUUAGACAUGCAACAGUAACUAGAGACACUAGGGUAUCGCUGACUAUAAGACAUGUGCCAAAAACAAGCUCUUUUAAAAUUCAUCUUGGCAAUAGAAGAUAGAUGUAUAAUAUUCGGACUGAGUUGAAAAUUAUUGCGACAUUUCUAGCAAGUAAUGCUACAGUACUGACUGAAUUUAUUAAAUGUUUAUUCAUACACUGGACUGUGUAUGUAU